UAGCCGAUUGGAUGAGCUCCAGGGUUAAAGCAGUGGGCUGGCAGGGGCAUUAGGGGAAGCUCUCACUGCUCCCCUCGCUCACUUCACUGAGGACACACUCGGUACUCACUCUCUCUCUCUCUCUCUCUCUCUCUCUCUCUCACUCUCACACACACAGAGACACUCGCUGGACUUUUUCCACAGCAGAGCAGCAGCCGCGCACUGAACUGGAGACCAAGCGGAGGCUGUCUAACUCUGGGACACUGAGCCCUCACCAGAGUGACUGUUUCUCGUCUUUUCUCCUCCUUUCCGUGGAUUUAUUCGCCUUUUCUGUGCUCUGGAUUCCUCCGUUAGCCCCGCAGCGCGUCAGCGCAGUGCUGAGGAGAGGAGCCCGCGGUGUUCAGCAGCUUUCAGCCGGGCGAAGCUUCAAGGCUGAAGAGCGGCGCGUGAAAUCGGAUUUUCUGUGAGCAGGUGUGACCGAAGUCCUCCUUGAACGACCGAACUCUCCUGUGGAACAAACGACUCGGCUGGAUUUCUGUUUCUUUUCUUCAGCUUCGAGCUCUUCCAGAAAUGGUGGGGCAUUUACACUUGCAAGCUAUGGAUGAGAGUUUGAAAGGAAAGAACCGCGAAGGGCUGCUGGACAGUCCGGAUUCAGGGCUGCCCCCGAGCCCGAGCCCACCCUUCUACUCCCUGUCCCCGGGGGUGGUGGAGCAGCGGGCCAGCAGCUGCUCCACUCCGACCGAACCGUAUGCACACUGCAGGAAGGAGAGCAGAGAAGGAAAACUGCUCCCGUACCUGCUGCUGAACUCUCAGGGGGACGCCAAGGCCCGCAUGUACCCUGUGGUUUAUGGAGAAAGCAUUGAAGUGAACCCCAAACCCAACAAGGAGCUGAAGUUCAGUUCAGCAGUGAAAUACGCUUCGGACCGGCACUACCGUGACCAGGUGUACUGUGCCCCGGUUCCCACGGUGACCUCCUACCGCGAGACUGUGGUGGCGGUGCGUGACUGCACAUGGCGCAGCUACAAGUCCGAGGUUCACUUUCAGCCCCGUCACCGGCCGCUGCACUACCAAAGCACGGCCAUCAUCUACCCCAAACACGCCCGGAACACGUACCGCACCACGCUGAACUACAACGCCAAUGGCAGCGCCGGACACCGCUGGUUUGUGUCCACGGUCAGGCUGGAGUCCAGCGAGGACGCCAGCCCGUGCAUCAUCUACACGGAAAACCUCUGAGACUCCUGCACAGUGCUUGUAAUUAUUCCCCAGUAAAGCUCCUUUUGGGUAGAGGGUUACAGAGUAACGGACGCAUUACUCAGAACCGGCGUAGAAAGGAUCACUAAAGACUUCCACUAGCAGAGGGAAAGCAGGUGAAAGAGGGCCAUUCUUUUCCUUUUCGCCUCUGGUGAAGUAGGUACUUUAUUGUAGGUGAGGGUGGAAGACCAGCCUUGUCUGUGUGUAUAAGGUAGCGGCUGACGUCUUCUGAAAGUUUAUAUGUUUAUGUGCUACCGGUCGGGAGGUGGGUUAAACAGAUUUCUCUUCUCUUGUUCGUUUACUCGUUAUAGCUAAGAACAGACUCCGCUAUGGAGACGAUCUAUAAAUCCACUACCGUCUUUUACGAUGCUGUACAAAGCCUCAAAGCUGUAUAUGGUAAGAAAAAAAACCCUCUCAUAUAAAGCAUUUUUCUGAUCUGAGAAAGUUAUCACGGGGUGUAUAAAUGCUUGAUUGCACUCUUGCUAAGAUAAGGUGAUUAUUUUGUGUUUCUUUUUUCUCCUCCUUACGUUGGCUACAAUGGUUUUGACUGAGCUGAGGGUUUUCAAAGACCUGCAGUCUAGGAGCACUUGAAAGAUCGGACCAAAGAUUUUGUCGUCGUCGCUCAUUUCAACAGCCGAAAGCUUUGUAAGAAAAUCAGUGUCUGCACUACAGUUAUUUAGUCCACCUUGGUGCCUUGCUGUCCACUGGUUUGGACUAUUAACUUGCUGUUAAUAAUCUUGGCUGAAGAAAAAGAGUUACAGUCGCUUAUGUUUAACUCUGUCUGUCAACGAUAACCCAUCCAUUUUCAGCAUUGCGUCAAAUCGAGAAGCUAAGCCUGGGCUUUGUGACGAGUCCUGUUUAAUGUGUUCUCUCCAGCUGGGUAAUUUGAGGUUGUAUUUUUGAGAUGUGUUUGCUGCAGAACACCACUAUUUGACUAUUUUCUUACUAGGGCUGCACAAUAUAUGGUUGUUAAUAGGCUCACAGUCCAGAUAUUGCAGUAUGCAAAAGAGCCCUCUAACCUAUCACAGUACUGGGCUGUGAGCAUCCUGACCAAAUCUCACAUGCUGACUGGAUGAACUGAGGUAUUCAUAUCCAACAGAAGUCAGUUACUUUGGUUACUUUGGUACACUAUAUGUCCAAAAGUAUCAAGACACUCCUAACCUCAGCUAUUUACAGGUCCACCCAUUCCUGGCACAGCCAAUUAAACAGCUAUAAUCUUCAUUCUAAAGCAUCGACCAAUAGAAUGAGAUGCUGUGGAGAAGCUACAUGUGCCUGAGAUCAUGACACCCAAUGCCAGGCAUCAGCUACAGGGGUAUAAAGACCUGGGAUCAUGCUGGAGUGUUCUCUGGAGUGAUGGAGCUCCAUCCAAUACCUUUGGGAUGAGCUGGAGUGCCAGAACUGUUCAUCCAACAUCAGUAGCUGACUCCACUAAUGCUCUUGUGGCUGAAUGCAAUCAACUCCUCACAGCAAUGCUCUAGCAUCUACUGUAAAGACAAAAAUAUGAAGGGCCUUAAUUUUAGAAGAAACACUGGUGUCUACAUACUAUUGGACAUAUAGUAAACCGCAAUAUUAUAUUACUUACACAACAUUUAGAAACACAACCAGGAGGUGGAACUUCAUCCAUAUUGUGCAGGUCUAGUUCUUGCGGUCAGAUCCGUUCAGGCAGGAUGAAGGGAUUCAGAUACUGUGCUGUUUAUUAGAGGAUGGUGUUACAGCACACCAGGAGGGAGGUGCAGUACUUUUUGCUUGUCUUACAUGUAUUUGGACUAUAAAUGCUGAAUUUGGUACAUAUUUCAAAUUCAAGUAAAUUUUUUUUACCUCAUUGAAAACUUAUUCUUUUGACUAUCUGAUGAGAACCGGCGCUGUCGGGACUGAAAGUCUGGCCAGUUUGUGGGAAAACAAAACAACUGUCCACACUGGUGUGUUGGUAUACGUGAAGAAAGGAGAAGUAAAGGGAUUUAGGUGGGAAUUAGAGGUCAGCGGUAAUGGACAUAAUCUUACAUUACACAUUUGCACACUUUCAGUUUGGCAGUUCAAAAAAAUCCAUACUUCUCUGAUUAACGAAAAGAACCUGAAAGGAAACUACAACACAAUUACAAGUAAAUUCCAUGAGCUGCUAAGCUUACAAAGGGAAAAGUCACAUAAACAGACUGGAAUGGUUUACUUAAGAACUGAUGGACAAAGUGAAGUUGGUCAGAAAGGAAUUUCAGAAAGUGAUGAAGGUUUUCUGCGAAAGUCAUCAGCUGAGCACAGAGGUCUCUGCAAGUCUGCGGUUGAUACUGGAUGUAAAAAGCUCUAUAAUAGUGGAUAAUUUUCCUUUUUUUUCUUGUUUUGUGUAAAAUACUUUCCUGUUGUAUAUGUUGCAUAUGGCACUUAAUGAUUCUCUUUAUAUUUUUGUAUAAUUCCCAAGUUAAAGGUCUUUUUUUGUUGUUUUUGGACAAGAGAUUAGAAAAUAAUUUAAGGAAUAAGUGUAUAUCUUAAAUGAACAAAUAAAAGCCCGAAUCCUA